AAAGGUGAGUUAUCGCAGUGGUUUAUCUAGCAGACAAGGUACGGAGAAAUUUAAACACGGCAUUAUUCAGGGCUUUAAAAUUUCUGAACUCUAGAGAGAGAGAGAGAGAGAGAGAGUGUGUGUGAGAGUGAGAGAGAGAUAGAGAGAGGCAACCAGUGUUGGUUUUUGGAGUGAUGCAAAUCUGGUGAUAUCGAGAUCUUCUUCUCUGCCGAUACGAUAGAAAUUUUUCGCGUUGCGAUGGUCUCAGACAAGGAAAGGUUUGAUCUUUCAGGACCCUCUCACCUAAUUGAUCAUGUCGACUGGAACAAUGUGAAUCACCAAAGGUCUGUUGCUGCUUGCUCGGUUCAGGGUGUCAAAAUCUUAGAGCGAGACCGCCAGGAAAAUAGACGAGGCCCCGAAGCUCUAGCUUCUCGUUGGUGGGAGUUCUUCGGUUUCCGAUUGCACGCUCCUCUCAUCGAUGAUGAUGAUCACUCUAUCUUUGGCGCCAUCUACGAAUUCACAUCACCAUCCUACGACAACCACUUAACAAUGAAUGGAACUCCGCGUUACAUAAUUGCCUUCCGAGGCACCCUAAACAAGGGACCUGCAUUUUUAGGCUCCCUAACCAUGGGACGUCCAUGUACAUGGUUAAGGGACUCCGAAGUGAACCUCCACAUCAUGAAAAGUACGCUCCACCAGACAUCCCGUUUUGAGAUUGCCAUGCAAUCCGUGCGGAAUAUUGCAGUUGCUGCUUUCCGAAACUCCAACAUAUGGUUAACUGGCCAUUCCCAGGGGGCAGCCAUAGCAAUGCUCGCCGGAAAGACCAUGGUGAAAGAAGGCAUUUUUCUUGAAGCUUUUCUCUUUAAUCCGCCUGUCGUUUCUGCUCAUAUAGGAGAAAUUAAAAACGAGAAAGUGCAACAAGCGGUCCGAACCACGAAGAGUGUUGUAGUCGCGGCGGUGCGCACCGUUGCUCGGAAGGCUCACCACCAGCAGACGGAUGUAUCAGAAGAUCCGUUUGUGGCUUUGUCCGGAUGGGUCCCGCGUCUGUAUGUGCAUCCUGGCGAUCACAUUUGCUCAGAGUACGUAAAGUAUUUUGAGCAUAGGGAGCUGAUGGAGAAGAUAGGACUAGGGUGCGUGGAGAAGGUGGCCUCCCAGCAUUCGCUUAGGGUUAUUGUGGGGAGUGCAAUGGGGAAAGAGAGUGAAGAACCGUUGCACCUUAUUCCUUCAGCUGAAUUAAUUGUUAAUUUAACUCCUGCGAAUGCUUUCAAAGCUCAUGGACUUCGCCAGUGGUGGAGAUCUGAUAUGCAGCUGCAGCCUAAGAAAUGUUUCUGUUAUUAGGAAGAGAGAAUCGUGAUUAAGAUGCGAUGAUCUCAGAAAGGGGAAGUUUUUAUCUUUCAGGACCCUCUUACCUAACUUGUGUUGACUAGAACAAUGUGGACCACCAAAGGUCUGUUGCUGCUUGUUUUGUUCGGGGUGUCUACUUCUUAGAACGGGACCGCCAGGAAAAUAGACGAGGCCCCCAAGCUCUAGCUUCUCCUUGGUGGGAGUUCUUCGGUUUCCGAUUGCACACUCCUCUCAUCGAUGAUGUCGAUCACUCUAUCUUCGGCGCCAUCUACGAAUUCACAUCACCAUCCUACGACUACCACUUCACAACAAAUGGAACUCCCCGUUACAUAAUCGCCUUCCGAGGCACCCUAGCGGACGGAGGUUCAUUUUUAAGGGAUUUCCAACUGAACCUCCACCUCAUCGAGAAUGAACUCCACAGGACAUCCCGCUUUGAGAUUGCCAUGCGAUACGUGUGGAACACAAUUGAUGUAUCCGGAAGCUCGGACAUAUGGUUAACUGGCCAUUCCCAGGGGGCAGCCAUGGCAAUGCUCGCCGGAAAGACCAUGGCGAAAGCAGGCAUUUUUCUUGAAGCUUUUCUCUUUAAUCCGCCUUUCAUUUCUGCACCUAUAGGGAUAAUUAAAGACGAGAAUGUGAAACAUGUGUUGCGAGUCACGAGGAGUUUUCUAGCCGCAGGGCUCACCGUUGCUCAGAAGGCCCGUCGCAGCCACCACCAGCAGACGGAUGUAUUAAAAGAUCCGUUUGUGUCUUUGUCGGAAUGGGUCCCGCGUCUGUAUGUGCACCCGGACGAUCACAUUUGCUCAGAGUAUUUAGGGUAUCGUCAACAAAAAGAACAUACAAGUAUCACUUAAAUAUCAUUUUUCUUUUUCCUUUUCU